AGACUGUUGCGCAGAGCACUAAGUAACCGCCACAAGCUCAUAUUUGGGGAAAUAUUCCAUUUUCCUCAGUUCUUGAGCGCAUAUUAACAAUAUCACUAUAAGUUCAGGCCUGCGAAUCAUGUACUUCCGCCACUAGGUGUUGCAACGGCGUUGUCCGAUGAUCCCUUACUUUCAAAUUUGUCCUCAUCUUUGAGGCUCCAAUGAAUACAUAGAUUUCUGCCACUUGGUAAAAUUAGAACCUUGGUAUCACGUCACCUUCCACUUUUCUUUUCUUUUCUUUUAUUUAUUCUCCUUUUUAAUCUCCGCCCGAGGAUGGACAAGCAUAUAGAGCGCGACUCGGAGUCGUUGGCUCAGAACGAUCGUCCUAAGGACGAACAGCCGAUGCACUCGAGUCCAGUCUCUUCAACGACACCAGUGAUUCCAGAUCAAGUUCCCACAGCGAGCGCAGAUGAAACGAGUCGCCUACGUGAACUUCAAGCAGACAUCCGCGACCAGGAUGACCUUGAGAGGGACAUAUCUCGUCAGGCCGACAGAUUGCUCAUGGAGCAAGCGGACAAACGUGAUAGCAGAAGACUAGAACGGGCCACGCAGGAGAAAGAAAAGCUCGAAGCGCAAAUAUUGAGGGCACACCAGCGGAUGUCCCAACCUAUUGGCACAUCAGCCCGAGCUCGCCUACAGAAUGAAUUAGAAAAGCUAGAAUCCCGUAAUGCCGCGUUGGCUAAUGACCUUAAAGAGAUACAGCAACGCAUCGACAAAAGACAUGAAGGGCAAGAGGCAGGUGGCCAGGCGAUGGGGACAGGUCGGAUGCCUAAUGAGUCCCGCAGAGACUAUCUCAUCCGGACAGGGAAAAUCACCCCGUUCUCUAAGAUGAGCGCUGGCCCAAAUGAGGGGCCUCACGCUAGCCUGCACGACGCUCUCAUUGAUGCUGAAAAUGAGCGCGAUGAGAGAGAAGCUUUGGAGCAAGUCAAGAAUCGGUCUGCAGUUUCUCACCGAAACCUUGUGCGCCCCGGCUUUGGCUUUGAUGAACCGAGUGAAGUGUCUACGGAAGUUGAUGAGCAUCCAAAAAAGCGGAGAAAACUGACAAAAGCCACCGCGGAAAGAGGGGCAGACAAAAGCUUCGAACAGAUAGAUCAGACCAUAAAUGCAGAAGAGGUACCUUCGGAUGAAGGCUCAGCAAGUUAUACAGCGUCAGAAGAGGAAGAGCUGUCAUCGGAAGAUGAAGAAGACUUCGUACCAGAGACCUCCUCACCACGACCUGCAGCCCGAAGCAAGGCUAAGAAGACACCAGAAGAUGUAGAAGACUUCAGCGGGAUGGAUGAUGGAAACGAGAAAAUUUAUCAAUCUAGGCUCCAGAAUUGGGUCAAUCGAAGGAGAGCUGCUCGGAAGCGUGCCCUGCAGGGUACCACGGAUGUUAACGAACAUGAUGAGCAGGAGGAGUGGUUCAUGCCUCAUCCAAGCGUGCCUGACGGGGACUGUGACAAUGGAUAUCGCAUUCCUGGUGACAUUUACCCCCUACUAUUUGAUUAUCAGAAGACAGGGGUGCAAUGGCUGUGGGAGUUGCAGCAGCAACAAGUAGGAGGAAUUAUUGGCGAUGAAAUGGGGCUUGGGAAAACGAUCCAAGUUAUUUCUUUCCUGGCUGGGCUUCACUACAGCAAAAAGCUAACAAAACCGGUCAUUAUUGUGUGCCCUGCUACAGUUAUGAAGCAAUGGGUGAAUGAAUUUCACCGCUGGUGGCCGCCCUUCCGCGUGUCAAUUCUGCACACGUCAGGCAGCGGGAUGGUAAACAUUCGAAGUGAGAGCAGCCGGGAAGAUGCGCUCUUGUCUCAGACGUGGGAUACUCGCCGUAGUCUGGGCGGCUUGAGAGCCGGAAAAAAGGUUGUCAAGCGUGUAGUAGAAGAGGGUCAUGUGUUGGUGACCACGUACUCCGGCUUACAGACCUACGCCCCUCUGCUGAUCCCAGUGGAAUGGGGGUGUGCUGUUCUUGACGAGGGACACAAAAUUCGUAACCCGAACACGUCAAUAACUAUUCAUUGCAAGGAACUCCGGACGCCACAUCGGAUUAUUCUGUCAGGUACACCGAUGCAGAAUAACCUAACGGAGCUCUGGUCAUUGUUCGAUUUUGUUUUCCCAAUGCGUUUGGGAACCUUGGUAAACUUUCGAAAUCAGUUCGAGUUCCCUAUCCGUCAGGGUGGAUAUGCCAAUGCCUCCAACUUGCAAGUGCAAACGGCUGCAAAGUGUGCAGAGACUCUGAAAGAUGCUAUUAGCCCGUAUCUCCUGCAACGUUUCAAGAUGGAUGUCGCUGCAGACCUUCCUAAGAAGAGCGAGCAAGUGCUGUUCUGCAAACUCACAAAGUUGCAAAGACAAGCAUAUAAAGCUUUCCUCGGCUCUGAGGAAAUGCAAUCCAUCCUCAGGGGCCGCAGGCAAGUAUUAUAUGGAGUGGAUAUUUUGCGGAAAAUAUGCAAUCAUCCAGACUUACAGAGCCACAAGUUUACAUCGCAUCAGACAGGUUAUGGCAGUCCUGAAAAGUCAGGCAAAAUGCAAGUGGUCAAGUCACUAUUGGAACUGUGGAAGGAGACGGGCCAUAAGACUCUCCUAUUUACGCAACAUCGCAUCAUGUUAGACAUCCUUCAGAAAUUCGUCAAAUCUCUAUCUGGAUUCAAUUAUCGGCGGAUGGAUGGCACCACGCCUAUCGCCCAACGGCAAUCGAUGGUCGACGAAUUUAACAAUAACCCUGAUCUCCACGUGUUUCUUCUCACUACUAAGGUAGGAGGACUGGGAGUAAAUCUUACGGGGGCUGAUCGUGUGAUCAUCUAUGAUCCUGAUUGGAAUCCUUCUACCGAUAUGCAAGCCCGUGAGCGAGCGUGGCGACUCGGACAAAAGCGUGAUGUUACCGUGUACAGGUUGAUGACCGCUGGGACAAUCGAGGAGAAGAUAUAUCAUCGACAAAUCUUCAAGCAAUUCCUCACAAAUAAGAUAUUAAAAGAUCCUAAACAGCGCCAGACUUUUCAAUUGAGCGAUUUGCACGAUUUGUUUUCUCUUGGGGAAGAGAACCAGGGUCCAACGGAAACAAGCAAGAUUUUCAGAGAUGCCGACAUCACGUACGAAGAGGGGGGCAGCGCGGAUACUCGCCAGACAGAUACACGUGCUCGCAUACAGCGUGGCCCCCAGGACCAACAAGAUGAGACAAGAGACGUUGGCCGAGUUCAAGGCAUAGCAUCGAUUGAGAACUUUCAAGGUGACUCUGAGUCACCGAGCGACAAAGACCAGGGACCCCCCGGCACUAAUAAGGAGUCACGUAUCAUGGAAGGUAUCUUUGCUCGCUCUGGGGUACAUUCUGCGGUAGAGCACGACCAAAUUGUGAAUGGUAAGCGAGUUGUGCGGGCGGAUCCCAAGAUCAUUGAGGCAGAAGCAAAGAAGGUCGCUGCCGAGGCCGCUGAGGAGCUGCGGCGAGCGGGAGAAGCAGCACGGUCUGUGCCGAUUGGCACGCCAACAUGGACAGGGCAGUUUGGGCUUGCCGGAAAACCGGAGGAGCCCUCAACGCGUCCGGGAUUUGGCGGAAGUAGUAGCUCUACAAGACGAGCAGCGGGCCCGUCAUCCGCCAGCAUUCUGGCCAAUCUUUCUGCACGUACUCCCUCAUCCCGAAGCGGGAGUAACAGCCCCGCCCCGGGCAAGGCUCCCAGCGGAAUGGAUUUCAUUACGAUGAUCAGAGACUUUAUCGGAUCCCACGGCGGAUCCGUUCACACGCAGAUGCUGAUUGACCACUUCAACCGUUUUUGCACUACCCCCCAACGGUCGGCUGAAUUCAAAGAAAUGCUCAAAACAAUUGCUGUGCUGGAGAAGGGCGGACGGAACGGACGGGGUCGAUGGUCGCUGAAGCCUGAAUACGCCAAGAAAAGAUGAUUCGUUGCGGGCCUAUCUCUUUCUUUGCUUUCAGUUUUGGCAUUGUCCUUUCUUUCUCCAUUCCAUGUUAGGGUGAUGAGACUGAAAGGGGACUUUUCACUUUGCUUGCUCUAGUGACGAUAUUACAGGCAUGGCGCAACGGAUACUGUUUAAGAUUAUAGGACAGUCUUGGGUUUAAUGUCGAUGGGAUACGACAGGUUCACAAAGGAUGGAGUUUGG